UAACCGGAAACAGAUGCUUGUUUUCCGGUUCCUCACAGCCUGUUGUGAUUCUCCUCCCUAACCUCAACAUCUGUUGUUCUUAAUCCGCUCUCAUGCACCGAGCACAGGACAGACCUCAGCAGAGCCCCGUAGCUUUGCGGCCCGCCGGACGGUCCCCUUCUCCGGCCUCCGGCUGGAGCGGCUCCCCGUACGGAGGAUCUCCCCGCCCGCAUUACUCCCCCUCCUCUCCGGUCUGCUCUCCGGGAUACAGUGACUCUUCGGGGUCUUACCGUGGAUACAGAGAUGGGCCACAGGGGUUCCGAGGCUCUCCGGUCGGGUUCGGCUACCGGGGAUUCGGAGGCUCUCAAGCCGGGUUCGGAGGGCGGAGCAGAGGAGGAGGGUUUCGGCGACCUCAGGGCUUCAGUCCCGCUCACAACCUCCAGGGAGACUCUGUGGAGAGGUACUUCAACCCCUCGAUGCUGCAGGACCCCUGGGCCGCUCUGAUCACAGACAGGAAUCUACAGAUAAAAAACAACUGACAGCAACAACAUCAACAACAGACUGUCUACAUUUUAUUAAUACACCUUUUCAAACAACAGCAAGUUUUAUUUUGAAAGAUAAGGGAAGCACUCGUCCCCUGGUGAUGUUUAGUACCGUGUUUCCAUAGCAAAACUCCCAGCUUACCCAGUGUCUGUCCCCUCUAACAGUGUCAUCAGCACUAUGAGGAUGACAUCAUCAUUAUGAUUGUUGCUCAUCAGAGGACUGUAUGAAUGAUGUUGUUUAAAAAAUGUCGAAUAAAAACUCAACAAACAUUAAA